UUGACUAUUUCCGUGUGCAGCAUAUCAUUACACAAGGACACAGCAGUAGCUCACCAGUGGGGUUUGGAGCUGAGAGGUAGCGAUGGCCCGGCUGCUCAGGAGUAGUUUACGGGGAUAUUAUAUGACCCAAAUCCGCAUGAGCUCUGAUCAGCUUGGAGAGUUGGGGAAAGGUGCUGGCAAAGGCGGUGGAGGAGGAGGGUCCAUAAGAGAAGCAGGAGGGGCUUUUGGGAAGAAAGAGGCCGCUGAAGAAGAGCGGUACUUCAAGCAGAAGGAGAAGGAGCAGUUGGCCGCUCUGAAGCAGCACCACAAGGAAGAGAUCGAGCAUCAUAAGAAAGAGAUUGAGCGCCUUCAGCGUGAGAUCGACCGCCACAAGGGAAAAAUCAGAAAACUCAACCAUGACGACUGAGCCGUUUCCACCGCGAGCCUCAAGUGUCUCCCUCUGUUUCUGCCAAAACUCACUCCAUGCCUGUUCCCAGAAGCAGCUUUCCACACUGUAAUCUCUUGUGUUAGACAGAGUCAUUAAUAAAGAUCGUAGGAGUUUUUCAAAGUGGUUGAAGA